AUGCACCUCCCCGUGCGCGCUUUCGUCCCCGUCCACGACCUCGAUCACCACUACCGGUUUCACCACUGCCAGUUUCACCACUGCCAGUUUCACCACUGCCAGUUUCACCACUGCCAGUUCCACGUCCACAUCCACGUCCACGUCCCCGUCCCCGUCCCCGUCCCCGUCCCCGUCCACGACCGCGUCCACGUUCCUGCGAAAGUAUAUGUUCGAAUGCUGAUGGUUCUCGCCGGGUGGAUCGAUCCUAGGUAA